AUGGCGGAAGAAAGGUGCCUGGAGGGACCCAUGGAAUACUUUUUCGCUGCCCUGGAGCGGCAGUUUCCCAAGCAAACAGCGUUGAUAGGGGGCGCAAAAUCUCUGACGCAGGCUAUUCUGAGGGCUCUUGACGUUCUCUACCCGUUUGUGGAGGCCCUGUUCGUCAGGUUUAUGGACUACGCUAAGUCCCUGUCUUCCCACGAGUUGAACCAAAUACUCCCUCUCAUCGCUGGUUUUUCCAUUUGUUUCUUUGGGGGUUGCUUCUUCACGCUGUUUUCAACCGUGGAAAUCGUUUACCUCACCAGCUGGGAUCGCAUUAAAAAGAGUGCCGAGGUUAUUCACCGGAAUUACGUCGCGGCGAUGGAGGCCAGUAGGAAAGAUGACGCCCCGGGCUAUGGUUACACUGUUACCACAGGCGACGAAAGUCUCUCGAAGAAUGAACUGCUCUCGCGCAAGUUACGUAUCUUUCUGCAAUCUGUCGACCCCGUCAGUGUGAAGGAGGAACUCGCUGCGGUUGCCCUGGCAUUCAUGGCGGUUGUGGCAGCGUUGCGGGAUCGCUUCGCCUAUUACGUCACACUGGGUUGUAUUCUCGCAGAUACAGCCCCACGUUUUUUCCCACUUAAAGCCAUCCUCGAAGAGUCGCUGCCACCGGAGCUACAGAAACUUGCAGGCCCCUUUUCCAACUUCCUUUUUGGAGCCCUAGGCACAACCAUUGCCGUGCUUGCGAGCCAAUACACCAUCACCCUGCACUGCGCCACACGAGGCUCAAAAAUGCUUGUGGAUAGUGCCCUCGAGUUGGCCAAAACAAGAGGAAUCGUGGUACAGGAUGUGAAGGUCGAUGAUAGUUGGGUGAAGGCAUUCGCUUUCGGCCUCGCCGUCAUCGGAUUCACAUGGCAAGCCGCGAACGGUUUUUCACUACCCUUUCCACUUAAUUUGCUCCUCUUCCCCGUUACGGUGCUAGAGUGGAUCGUCAACGUCAUUUUCCGCGCGUCCGGGUCUGCCGUGUGGGCAACCACUCUUUCUGUGUAA